AUGUUCAGAUCUGCAUCUGUAGACCCAUCCUCAGUUGCGAGCGUGACGAUAGGAACCACCCAUUUCGUCAACGCUGUAGUGACUCGUGAUCGGACACGCCUCUCACAAGUCGCUGUACUCCGUCUUUCCGGACCUUUCAGCAAACACGCACCACCAUGCGUCGACUGGCCAGCUUCUCUGCGGAACAUUAUCCUCGGGCAUUACGCUCUCAUCAAAGGAGGCUUAGAAGUGGAUGGCAGUCUGAUCUCCGACAUCAGACAACAGGAGAUUGUGGAGCAAUGCAACAUUGUCAAAGAGAAAGGAAUCAAAAGUAUAGUAGUGAAUGGUGUCUUCAGUCCAAUCGAUACAGUCGAGAAGCAAGAAGAGCGUGCCGCCGAAAUUAUCAGGCGCGAACUAGGAGAAAACGUCGAUAUCGUCCUUAGCAAGACAGUCGCUAACCUUGGAUUUUUGGAGCGCGAAAAUGCCGCGAUAUUGAACGCCUCGAUUUUGUCCUUUGCUAGAAAGACGAUAGCGUCAUUUCACACACCAAUCAAGGAACUCGGACUGAGCUGCCCCGUCUUCAUCACUCAGAACGAUGGUACGAUACUGAGUGGUGAAGCAGCAAGCCGGCUGCCUAUCCGAACUUUCUCAUCUGGUCCAACGAACAGCAUGCGUGGCGCUGCUUUCCUUGUUGGGAGGCAGGAGAACGGUGGAGCAGUGAUGGUUGUCGACGUCGGUGGAACGACCACUGAUGUGGGCUUAUUGCUUGCGAACGGCUUUCCCAGGCAGCAAGCCGCAUACUCGGAGUUGUCUGGAGUUAGGAUGAAUUUCUCGUACCCCGAUGUGAAAAGCAUAGGACUGGGAGGUGGCAGCUUGGUGAGAAAAGUUGGGGAGAGAUUGCAAGUAGGACCAGAGUCAGUGGGGUACCAGCUACCAGAAAAGGCGCUCGUCUUCGGUGGAAAUGUUCCUACAGCAACUGACUACGUUGUAGCGUCUUCACCUGAUGUCACAAUAGGCCAACCGGAAAACGUGCGAGGAAAGCUGCAGGCAGACAACGUACAAGCAUUUCAAGCUGAGACAAAGAUCAUGCUUGAAAACAUCAUUGACAAGAUGAAGACAUCGCCUGAUGAUCUCCCGGUUCUGCUCGUCGGUGGUGGUGCGGUGAUAGCUCCAGAUGAACUGAAGGGAGCGAGUAAAGUGAUAAAACCUCAAUGGUCGGGUGUAGCCAACGCUAUCGGUGCUGCUAUGGCGCGUGUCAGUACUCUCAUCGAUACUGUCAAGUCAACCGAGAAGCAGACUCAGAAAGAGCUACUAGCUGAGAUAUGUGAGGAAGCUAAACAGAAGACUAUCGAAGCAGGCGCCUCGGCGACAACGGUUGCCAUUGUUGAGGUAGAAGAUCUUCCGUUGCAAUAUGUCGCCAACAAAACACGUUUUAUGGUCAGAGCUGCAGGAGACUUCGACUUCUCAAGGGCAGGGGAUUUUGCAGACCUGAAUAUCACUAAGGAAGAAGAUGGCAUAGAGACCAGGUCGAGCGCAAGCGAUGCCAUCGCGGCGCCUUCGAGCGAAGAUGCAGCUGACCAGGUCGACAUAACACCGGAAGUUGACAUCAUGGGGUAUAAGCCAAAAGUGGCUAACCGAGAGUGGUGGAUAUCAGAGACUGAUCUCGACUGGAUCACCAUCGGUUGCUACAUCCUAGGUACCGGCGGUGGAGGUUCUCCAUAUUCCACUAUGCUCCGAGUACGUGGUAUCCUUCGAUCUGGUGGAAGCGUCCGCGUCGUAAGUCCAGAUGACCUCAAAGACGACGCGCGAGUAGGAAGCGGCGGCGGCGCUGGAAGCCCAACAGUCGGAAUCGAGAAGCUGUCUGCCGACGAAAUGAUGGACGCUCAAACCCACCUCUACGAUCUCAUCAAGGGUGGUUACGCGACACAUAUCAUACCUUUAGAGAUUGGCGGUUCGAACGGGUUACAGGGUCUCGUCUUGGGUGCAUCGACUAACAUGAACAUACCAUGUGUAGAUGGCGAUUGGAUGGGCCGAGCAUAUCCUACAAAAUGGCAGACAACGCCAGUUGUGUUCGGUGAGCGAGGAAUCGUGUUUGCACCAGUCGCAGUGGCUGAUGGAAACGGCAACACGCUAUAUAUGCCCACUGCAACGAGCGAUCUGAAGGUCGAACAAGUCAUUAGAGCAGCAUUGAGCCAGAUGGGAAGCUCUGUCGGAACAGCCGAUGCCCCCGUUACAGGCUCUGAAACACGAAGAUGGGCUGUCGAACACACUAUCUCGCUGUCGUGGAGGAUAGGAAGAGAGGUAGCCCGUGCGCGCAAGGAGAACAGAAUUGACAGUGUGGCGCAAUCAAUCAUCGACGCGGUUGGAGGCGCUGAAACAGGCCGCGCGCUUUUCAAAGGCAAGAUUGUCGGUGUAGAGCGUAAGCUGUACAUGGGCCACGUGUACGGCGAGGUGAUCAUAGAAGGCACUGGAAGCGAGUAUCAAGGCAAGAUCAAAAUACCCUUCAAGAACGAGAACAUUGCCGCGAUAAGGAUACCGGAUGGUGAAGGGAGUAAGACUGGUGAGGAGAAGAACGAAGAUGUACUCGCUAUCGUUCCUGACCUCAUUGCGGUCAUUGAUGCGCAAAAUGGCGAGGCCAUUGGGACGCCAGAGUAUCGAUACGGACUGCUAGUCUCAGUGAUCGGUAUCACUGCGAGUGAUCGCUGGACUAGUCCAAAGGGUAUCGAAAUUGGUGGGCCGAAGGCUUUUGGGUUGGACCAUUUAGAAUACAAGCCCCUGGGCAAGUUUGUAAAGCCAGUAAGCGUUAUUGAUGAGUAUGACGGAAAGCAAUAA